AUGGGAUUUAAACCGAGCGAGCUGCUCCCCAAGACGGUAGUGGAGUUUCUGGACCAAGGCGUCAGUCGCAAGUAUUCUUUGGUGGAGAAGGAGGCGGCGGUGCUUCGUCACGAGCACUUCGAACAGCUACGUCAGCAGAAAGUGGAGACUGUGCGAGCGGAACGCGAGGCAAUUAUCAACGGCUUGGGACCAGCGCCGCCUUCCACAGCACUACUGGCUGGAACGGGGAACACAAGCCCAGUUCCAAUGUUGCAGCAGCAAGUGGCUCCAGGUUUCCCACCUCGACGUCUGCAGUCUGCGAGGCAUUGGGAAGGGAACUCGGAGGAGCCGGAAGCUCUGGCUGGCUCGACGCUGCUGCAACUAGAAGAGCGACGACUUGCAAAGAUCAAGCUUCGCCAGCAGAAAGAUAUUCAGAACGCGAUAGAAAUGGAGGCAAAGCUGGCUCGACUCCAGGAAGAGAACGCUCAACGAGCUGCUGAAGAAGCCAAACGACAAGAAGAGCAGCAGCGCAAGAUGAAGACACGCAGGAUGCAGUUGGCAGCUGCCAAGCACGAGAAGGAGUUGACAAAGAAACGAGAUGAAGAUCAAGAAGCUCGAGAGCGCAAAGCUCGGAGACGAUCGGAAGCCGAACGUGAACGAGUCUUUGCGGAGGAGGCCAAAGAGAAGACGCGUCUACGAGCGCUAGAAGCAGCACAGCGCGAUCUAGAGCGACAGCAGAAUGCCGAUGCUUGGCAGGCACACACUGAAGAAUUAAUGAGGCAGCAGGAGGAACAAGUGGCUGCAAACCGAAGGAGAAUGGUGGAAAAAGAGCGACAAGUGGCGUUGAAGAUGGAGAAUGCGAGCAAACGGCGGCAUCACGAAGCGCAGGAGCGGAGAGAGAAAGCCAAGUCGCGUAUCCAGAACGUCACGUAUCAGAAUGAAUUGACCAUCGCGCGUAAGAAGCAGGAGGUGACCGCUAAGCAAGCAGCAGCGGCGGAUCGAGCACGAGAGAUUGAGAAGAAAACGACAAACGAUCUUAAAGAACGAGCUGCAAAGUCCAAACAAGAAGACCAAGUUCGGCAAAAAAGACUCGACGCUGCACACGCAUUACGACAAAAGCAUGUAAGCGAGUUGCUGGCAAAGCGCGAGCAGCUAGAAACGAAGAUGGAGACGACACAACAAGAACGAGAGAAGGGUCGAUUACUCGCUCAAGUUGAACACCAAUUGGCGAUCACUCAGAAGGAGCAGAAUGUGGCGAGGAUUCAACGAAUGGAAGCGUAUGCGCGGGAGCAAUUAAUGCGACGGAUCACGUCCGCAGAUGCCCGAUCAAAGGCAGUCAAGGAGCGGAAGAAAGCGUUGCUGAAGGCGCGACAACAAGCUGCAACGGAGGCGAUGAUCCGGCGUCAUCGACUUGCUGAAGCGGUCGACAAACUGCGGACAACGUCGACCAAGUGGGACAAAAUCGAGGAGAUCCUAGAUCUGGAAUCGCACACGGAGCAGCAGUCGCCUUUGUUGACACAACCAAAAAAUUAG